ACUGCUGCCGCCGCCCGAGAACCGAGCGCCGGGACUCGGACCCGAGGCCACCCGGGUGCACCGCCUCCUCGCCCGCCAUGGCUGCGCCCCUCCAGCCGCGCGCCCUGGUGGCCGCCGCGCCCGCGUCCGAGAAAGCCAAGCUGACGCACCCGGGGAAGGCGAUCCUCGCAGGCGGACUGGCGGGCGGCAUUGAGAUCUGUAUCACGUUCCCCACCGAGUAUGUGAAAACGCAGCUGCAGCUGGACGAGCGCGCGCACCCACCUCGGUACCGGGGCAUCGGGGACUGCGUGCGCCAGACAAUCCGCAGCCAUGGAGUCCUGGGUCUGUACCGCGGCCUCAGCUCCCUGCUUUACGGUUCCAUUCCCAAGGCGGCCGUCAGGUUCGGCAUGUUCGAGUUCCUUAGCAACCACAUGCGUGACGCCCAAGGACGGCUGGACAGCACGCGCGGCCUGCUGUGCGGUCUAGGCGCCGGGGUGGCUGAGGCCGUUGUGGUCGUGUGCCCGAUGGAGACUGUCAAGGUAAAAUUCAUCCAUGACCAGACUUCCACAAACCCCAAGUACAAAGGAUUCUUCCACGGUGUCAGGGAGAUCGUCCGGGAACAAGGACUAAAGGGCACGUACCAGGGCCUCACGGCCACUGUGCUGAAGCAGGGCUCUAACCAGGCCAUCCGCUUCUUCGUCAUGACUUCCCUGCGUAACUGGUACCUAGGGGACAACCCCAACAAGCCCAUGAACCCCUUGGUUACCGGGGUCUUCGGAGCUAUAGCGGGUGCUGCCAGCGUCUUUGGGAACACUCCACUGGAUGUGAUCAAGACCCGGAUGCAGGGUUUGGAAGCCCACAAGUACCGCAACACCUGGGACUGCGGCCUGCAGAUCCUUAGGAACGAGGGGCUCAAGGCGUUCUACAAGGGCACAGUCCCUCGCCUGGGCCGGGUCUGCCUGGACGUGGCAAUCGUGUUUGUCAUCUAUGACGAGGUGGUGAAGCUGCUCAACAAGGUGUGGAAGACAGACUAAGUCCAG